GGAUUUCGUUCGCAGCAGCUGAAGAUUGCUAGCGGUUUGAGCUCCAGAGCUAAUACAGUACAAGGAUUCAUGACAGAGUGUUGCUAGCUAGACUAGUGGCAUCGCAAGACUCGAUUCAUUCGGUCCUGCAGUCUGCGAAGGACAUUCGACACGCCAGCGUACGGGGAAGUAAAGCGAAGCCCCAGCAGGAUACCUCGCUGACUGGAAAUUGGACCGAGACUUUUGCCCGCUCUUCUCCGAGCUCAAAGUCACUCAAUGCUGCGCUCCUCUCACUCAGCGCAGCACCAGGGCUCCGACUAGGUAGCUAGCUGUUCAUGUUCUUGUAGUUAUCUAGGCUCAGGUUAAAAACAAGGACAUCAGCGAUACGUUUUUGACAUUUGACGACCGAAUUAAGCACAGGGAGAAACCGAUCCACGAAGAGUCGGGGCCAGGCAGGGAAGCGAGGGGUGCCCGGAUAAAGUAGGGGGUCGCCUCCAGCAGCCUUGGCGGAUUUAUCCCUACCCUUGUUACAAACAUCAUGGAUUGGUUAAUGGGGAAGUCUAAGACGAAGCCCAAUGGGAAGAAGCCGCCAGCGGAAGAGAAGAAGCAGUAUCUGGAGGCGGAGUUUACGAAAGUACGGGUGGUGGACUUCGACCUGAAAGAGCUGGUGCUGCUGCCCAGGGAGAUAGACCUCAACGAAUGGCUCGCCAGCAACACUACGACCUUCUUCAAUCUUAUAAACCUGCAGUACAGCACCAUCUCUGAGUUCUGCACUGGGGACACCUGUCAAGCCAUGACCGCCUGUAACACAAUAUACUACUGGUAUGACGAGAGGGGGAAGAAGACAAAGUGCACCGCACCUCAGUACGUCGACUUCGUCAUGAGUCUGGUGCAGAAGCUGGUCACAGACGACGACAUCUUUCCUACGAAAUACGGCAAAGAGUUCCCCAACGCGUUUGAGUCUUUGGUAAAGAAGAUCUGCCGGUAUCUGUUCCACGUCCUGGCUCACCUCUUCUGGGCACACUUUAAGGAGACAGUCGCCCUGGAUCUACAGGGCCACUUGAACACUCUGUACGCACAUUUCAUUGUUUUCGUAAGGGAAUUCAACCUGGUCGACCCCAAGGAGACCUGUAUCAUGGAYGACCUGUCCGAAAUCCUCUGCGCCCCCGCGCCCCCAGCGCCUGCCGCCCCUUCCUCCCCCACCUCGGCCCCUUCCCCCUCCUCACACAACCAUGUGACGGAGAGAUGAGCAGGGGUUGCCGCGAGAAGCAGCCCCGGGAAGGAGGUGGUAGAUGAUAAAGAUAGAGGAGAGAUGUGGAAACAGAAUGCCUGGUGCCCUUCCUAGGCUUCUGGCUUCAGCAGCAGGACCUGGAGACCUUCCACUACCCUUAUAUUUCGCUAUGACGCCAGCCAGCCGGAAGGAUCCAGGGGGGAGGGUUUUUUGGGGGGUAGGGGGGGGGGUGUUGUCAUGCCAACAGGAAUUGGCGUCAGCAUGUUCCUCCCAGGGGCAAAUCCCUCCCAUCUGCUCUGCAAUUUAAACUAGGAACUAACUAUGUGUAAUGUUUUAUUUGACUUUUAUUCUAUUUUGUUUUAUUUUUCUCAUUUGAGGACAGUGCGUCUGUUUGCCCUUUCCUCCCUCUGUCCUCUGCCUAAAGUAUAGUUCAGGAUGGUGGCUCUGCUUUGCUUGGACAUACUAUUGUAAAGUGUUGUUAUUGUGUGGAGGAAAGGCGACUCUAUUAUCGUAUUGGCUCUUUGCUCCCCCCUAGUGGUGGGAGGAUUGAAGGGGGACGGUCACUACGCUGGCCUAUAGGGAGCCAUGUAACUGCCUGGUGGGCAAUACUAGCCAAUCACUGUUUGGGUUGUUAAUCUUGGGAUGAUUCAAGUGCUUCCUACUCAGGACCUGAGAGAACACAAGUCACUGCUGCCAGAGAGAAGUACUCUAUUUUUCUCAUUCUCUCUGUCCUACAAAACUUCUCCCAGUCCUUUAUAUAUUACAGUUGUCAUUCUGGUAUUACUCUAGUCAGGUAAUCACCUGAUGUACCCCUCUUUAACAGCUCCAUCCCAGAGGCCACCCAUAGAGGGCAGUAUAGACAGGGUGGCACUGCCACACAAGCAGGGAGAUGGAGAAGAAGAUAUAAAGAUUGUAUAUUAGAUAUUUAAUCUGACCAGACAUGUUACUACAAGACAAACUGGUUCCCAUUAUUUGAGUACAGGGAGGGUGGUGGAGACCUCUUCCCCAGGGAAGAGAGCUGUUUGCUGUGGGUACGGUACAGCGGCAGCCCCCCUGCCCCCUCCAGCAGCACAGGAGAAGGACAAAGACAUUGGUUAUGUCUGCACGCCCAAAAAGAAGGGAGGAAAGGAGGAGAGAGGAUACGUGUGGGGGUGUUUGCUGUUCUGUAUUGCGGAACAAGCCCCACCGUCUCUUGACGAUACCCCCCCCCCCCAUCCCCUUAUCUUUUGGUUUUGAUUUUCCCUUUCAAAUGUACUUUUUUUUUUUCUUAUCAAAGAUGAAACUAGUUCAUGAAAAAUAAUGGCAUCCUUACACAUGUAUAGACAAAUGCACAGUCUGCUUCAACUUCACUGUACAGAGAGCGGCAAGCUCAAUCCGUCUGACAUAGCCUCUGUAUCAAGGAGGAUUUGGGUUUAUAGUUCUUCUUUUUUAUUUAUAUAUAUUUUAUUUUUUUGCAGGGUUCUUCAGUUCUGGCUUUCAUUUUUAUGUAUUUUAAUUAUUAACUAAGUUAAAAGCAAUUUAAUAUUUUAAACUCUGCGGAUAAUAAUCGAAUAAAAGACAAAUGCCG